AUGACUGCACCUUACAUCAACCACUCUCAUCCGUUGCUACAGGUUGUGUUGGGCCUAGACAACGUGCAUGCAUCAUGGCUUGACCUCGAUCACGUGUACCGAGAAGAGCCCCUUUUAACCUGGCACCGAGAGCGUCAGUGGAUGUUAAAUGAAGCACUAUCCUCAACCUUCGUGUCAGACAGUACUCGAAUCGAAUUGUUGAAACGCUAUGGUGGGACGUACCUGGACCUGGAUAUAAUCACUCUUCGUCCUUUGCCAAGCUACAGCAAUUGGCUUGGGUGGCAUGCUCCAAUGCAGAUAAAUAAUGCUGCCAUGAACUUAGUUAAAGGCCAUCCAUCAUUACAAAUGGUAGCUUCAUCUAUACCAAAAUAUUUUGAUCCUACAAGCUGUUGCAUAAUUGGACCAUAUCUCCUGUAUGAUGUCAUGCACAAGAUGUGUCCAGAUGAUGUCACCAAUAGCCCUAACAUUACUGAAACAGAUGUGAAAUGUGGUAAUGUGACUAUUCUCGCACGAACUCGCCUCUAUCCCUUCUCUCCUUACAACGAGUUGGACUACAUCCUCCAAGAGAAGAAGGGAAAGGCAUUGACCUUCUUCACGAGUCAAAAUGAUACAUAUUUCCUGCAUUUGUACAGCUCCCAUACCUCAAAAAGUAGAGUUCCUCUUGGGAAUAAAACCCUAUUGGGAGAGGCUGCUAUGAAGAACUGCCCAAAGGUGUAUAAUGCCAUUGUAAAGCAUGGGUUGGAACUGUGACUCUUUAUGUGCGGAAAUCUUAACCAAAGUUGUUCUUGCUCACCCUUAUGCCCACAAGUACAAGCACACACAAGUUCACUUAUGAAUACGCACACACAAGCACAUUCACACAUAUAGCUACACAUGAAUAGAGAAAAAUCAUCUCCUGCAUGUAGUUUACAAUAUUAAGUACAAAGAAGUUUAAACACAUAAACCAAAGAUACUAUAAAAUAAUAAGAACUAGUAAUGGAGUUUACAGAAAAUUUCCUUGCAUUUCAUUCUUCCCAAAAGUAAGAAAAAUACAGUUAAAAAGUACAAGUUAUAUCUGGCUUUCUGGCAACUCAAUACCCAGAAAUAUGAAUACUAAUGAGCAAGAACAUAACAGAAUUAGGUUGCAAAAAACCAAACAAAAAUAACACUCUUAAGAAAUAUAUCAGUAAUGAAACUUUUCUAUUGAUAACAGAACACUGCACCUACAAUGGUACAGCCUAUAAUGUAACACUAAAUAUUGUGUCAACUGCAGUACUUCUAUUAACUUGGCUCAAAAUAUAAUUUAUGUUCAUAUUGGCAAUACAGAUGACUAAUAUCUAUACUAAAUAUUUUAAUAGGAGGACAGUGUUAUUAAGGAGUGCCAAAUAGACAUUAUAACAAAAAAGUAAAUAUCACUGAAGCACAGCAAUGAGCAUACUGUCAUGAGUACAAACAUAUGCACACACAUGCACUUAUCUACUAUAAUGCAUCGGGAAAUUAAUGCUUUACAUAAUGCACAAUACAAAAUGUACUUGCGUCAUAGAUGUAAUUCUUUCACUUACUGUAUUUUCCAUUUUAUUUUAUAAUUUGCAUAUAUUGUGCAAAGUAUUUAAUCAUAAAUGUUCUUAGGUUAUUUUAUUUCACUAUGCUAAGUAAAGUUUUUCCAAUAAUGUAAUAAAAUCUCUGAAAAUUACAUUCUUCACUACACUUAUGUAGCUUAGAAUCCCUCAAAAUAAGAAAGUUAGAAAACAAAACACAAAUGUACAGUGUAACAUAAUUUAUUUUGUAUCUCACAAUGUAUAAUACAAUAAAGAAAGUAUUAAAAACCAUAUGAUAAGGCAGCAGGGAAAUCAUUAUCCGUGAGUGUGAUUCAAUGUGUGAUUACAAGAUGUGUUUAAGUACAGGAUAUAAAACCACAAUUUCAAACCAUAAAACGAAAAACAAAAUCAGUGCCGAGUGAAUACAGGGAUGAAUGGAUAAUGAAUGGAAGAGAGAAAUUCAUGCUUUAUUUUAGGUGAAUAAGAUCUUUGGUAGAGGGUGAAGAGAAAAAAGGAAUGAUACAGAUUACUAUAUAUAUAUAAUGGCUAAUGAAAAUGUAUAAUGCACACUUCUUAUUUGCUACAAACAUCCCUAAAGACCUGUUUUAAUUCAGUUCUCUGAAUUUUGCUGCAUUAUGAGGCAGGCUCAUUACUUUAAAAGACACUGUAAUAUAUAAUGCAUUGAGGUAUUUUGUCCAAAAAUCUAUUUACUUUUACUGUCAGAAAAUAUAUAUAAUCAUAUAUUCUAAAAAGUCAGAUCCUCUUGAUUUUUAUAAAAAAAAAAAAAAGGUAAAACUAGAUUUCAUAAUAAUUUUCAAGAUUAAAAUAAGCUUCAAUGACUACAUAAUUUUGAAAACAAGAAUGGAAAAUGCUUGAAUACUUCUUUAAUAUAUUUCGUUUAAUGGAAAAUGGGAAAACAAGGAUAUAAUAACAAUAAGUACCCAUGCCAUUAUUACAGCUUCUUCAACUAAAACAAACAUGAACAAUUUCUGUCUUAGACAAUCCAUAACGUAAUUAAUGUUCACACCAAACAACAUUACUGGCUGCACAUCCAGAAAUAUAAAUUAUGUAGACAAAAAAAAAAAAAAACUGUGGAAAGAAGAGCUGUAUUAACAAACUUCUGUGUUGAAAAUAGCACAGAUAGAAAGGUAUAUAAAAUACAUGUAUAAAGCUCAGAUUCAUAAGAAUCCAUAUAAAAAUACAAAAUACUAUUUGCAAAAUUCUUUGUUCUUUGGCAUUUUGCUUGCAUGAAUAAAUAACUGUCAGUUUGUAUAACCUGCAAUGUAAUAUAGUUUUGCUUACAUUACCCUUCAAAAAUGGGCACAUUUGACUUUCUGUAUUCCUUUUUUUAAAGCAAAUAUGAAGAUAGACAAAGAUACACCUGUUUCAAAAUUCUAGGUAAGUGCAAAUCAAAUUAUGUAAAAUGGGCAAGGCUAACAUGGAAAUUAAUGUCCUGAUUCUAGUACUAGUUAUCUACUUGUGAACCUGCAAAGUGCUCCUUUUUUUUUUUUUUUUUUAAU